AGCCAAUUCCGAUUUGAAAAUGAAAGCCUAAACUUGAUUUCUGACGCUCAUGAAAGGAUGGAAACAGAGGAGAGAACUUUAUGGAGUUUAUGGAUGCUUGAUGUUACCCAGGUACUGUACGAUGGCAAGUUGACGAGCACUAUCAUGUUCAUGUACAACCCCAUAGCGUGUGACAGCCAGCUCUGUUUGGAGUCCUCACCCAAGGGAAACCCUUCCUACUUCCUGCACUCACCACACGCCAUGAUGUGUCAGGAUGUGAAAGCUGUCAUCACCCACUCCAUACACAGUACCCUACAUUCCCUGGGAGGCAUUCAGAUUCUCUUCCCCUUGUUUGGUCAGCUGGAUCUGACUGUCGAUCUCGGCCCUGACAAAACCAUGGCAGUGGACUACUCCACUUGUGCGAACUUGAUUGGCCUUCUGGGAGACUUGAUUGAGUGUUCUCCGGCUAUCCAGCAGCAGAUGGUGCAGAACAAAGGCUUCCUGGUCAUCAGCUUCUUGUUGGAAAAGUCGUCACGAGACCACAUCACGCCAGCAGUCCUGGAGGCCUUCCUCAAGCUGACAGAGUUCCUGGUGGAGCUGCCCUCGGGCGGCUUGCUGCUCAAGCACCUGUUUGACUACGUGCUCUUCAACCCUCAGCUCUGGGUGCACACGUCGGUGGAGGUGCAGACCAAGCUGUACUGUUACCUGGCCACCGAGUUCAUCAGCAACGCGCGCAUCUACAACAACAUCCGGCGCAUUAGCGCUGUGCUGCAGACCAUGCACUCGCUCAAGUACUACUACUGGGUGGUCAGCCCUCUGGACCGCAGCGGUGUCCAGCCCAAAGCUCUGGAUGGCCCUCGGCCUACCCAGGAUGAGAUCGUCAAGCUUCGUUCCUUCAUGCUGCUGUAUGUGAAAGAACUCAUCAUCAAGGGACACGGCAUUCAUGAGGAUGAGCUGCAAUCCAUGCUCAACUAUCUGACGACACUGCAUGAGGACGACAAUCUGAUGGAUGUGCUGGAGCUGCUGGUUCACCUCAUGGCCGAGCACCCGGCCUCCAUGGUGCCUGCCUUUGAUCAAAAGAACGGUGUGAGAACAAUCUUCAAGCUGUUGGCUUCUCAGAGCGAAGACAUAAGGUUGCUCUCUCUGCGGUUGCUGGGAUUUUUCCUGAUGAGAAGUACUUACAGGAGGAAACAGGAUGCCAUGUCACCACACAACUUGUUCAACCUUCUGGCAGAGCGGUUGAUGCUUCACACUCAGAACAUCUCCAUGGCCACCUACAAUGCCUUGUUUGAGAUCCUCACAGAGCGCAUGGGUCUGGACAACAUCAAAGUCAGAUCAGCAGAACCAGAGUCCACAUUCCGCAUUGAAAACUCAGCUAUUCUGAAAGUGGUUGCCACAAUGAUAUGCCAGUCCAAACCCACUGCUGAGGUGCUUGAAGUGAAGAAGAUCUUCCUCUCCGAUUUGACCAUUCUGUGCAAUAACAAUAAAGAUAACCGAAGAACUGUCCUCCAGAUGUCUGUGUGGCAAGAUUGGCUGUUCUCCCUGGCCUACAUCUACCCUCGCAACUCGGAGCAGCAACGCAUCACGGACAUGGUGAUGGCCCUCUUCAAGAUGCUGCUGCACCACGCCAUCAAGUUUGAGUUUGGAGGCUGGAGAGUGUGGAUAGACACUCUGGCUAUUCUGCAUUCCAAGGUUGCCUAUGAGGACUUCAAGAUUCACAUGUCCAAGAUGUACCAGCAGUUUGAGCAGCACCGAGCGGACAACUUGUCAGACCCCGAGGAGCAGCAGCAGAGGCCCAUCUCCACCAUCUCCGGCAUAGGGAGCCAGCAGCAGGCGGCCGCCGCUCCCUCCCCACGCAAGUCGAGUGUGAAGAUCUCAGAGGUUUCCGAUACUGAAGCCGAGGCGAUCCAAGCUGCCGAGGGGAAGGAGAAGGAGGAAGAGAAGGAGGAGGAGGUCAAGGAAGCGAAGGCCGAGGCUGAGGAGGAGAGUGCUACCUCACAGGAGAAGACAGAUGAAGAGGCGGAAGUAGGAAAACAGGAAGAGCAAGAGGCACAGAAAGAAGAAGAAAGCCUUUCAGAUGAGAAGAAGGAUGGAGAAAUUGAGGAGAAACAGGAUGCUGCUGAGGAGAAGAGUGAGACGAAAGAAGAGGACGAGAAGGAGGAAGAGGAGGAGGAGGAUGAGCAGGAGAAAAAGGAAGAGGAGGAUGAGACCGUUGAGACAGAGGAGAGCAGCGAGGGGACGGAGCAAGCCACAGGAGGGGAGGAGUCGGAGGGUGCUAGUGGGGCGGAGCCUGAACAGAAGAGCGAAGGAGAGGAUGCGAGUGCACUAGAGAGCAGUUCAGAUCAGGGACAGACUGCAUCAGACAGGCCCAGACCAAAUGCCAAUCCAGGUGAACCAGUCGGGGGCACCAGGCCUAAGUCUGUGUCCCAGCCUCCGGGCCCGUCCGCCCAAGAUGGGCCCUCACUACAACGCCAUCCAUCCAACGCCAGCAGAGGAGGGGGUCACAUUUUCAGUCCAGGCCCCCGGGCCCCAGCAUUCCGCAUUCCAGAGUUCCGUUGGUCUUUCCUUCACCAGAAGCUCCUUUCUGACUUAUUGUUUGCUGUGGAAACUGAUAUUCAAGUGUGGAAGAGCCACAGCACCAAGAGCGUGAUUGACUUUGUGAAUUCCGGAGAAAACCACAUCUACGUGGUCAACGUGACCCACAUGAUCUCUCAGCUGGCCGACAACCUCAUCACUUCCUGUGGGGGACUACUUCCUCUGCUUGCCGCAGCCACCUCCCAAAACGGUGAGAUUGAGAUCCUGGAGCCCAACCAAGGGCUGAGCAUUGAGCAGGCGGUGAUGAUCCUUCAGAGAAUCAUGUACAUGACUGACAUCCUCGUCUUUGCCAGCUCCACCAACUUUGCUGAGCUGGAGAACGAGAAGAAUAUGCCUUCUGGGGGCAUCCUGAGACAGUGUCUAAGGCUUGUGUGCACAUCUGCCGUACGCAACUGUCUGGAGUGUCGUCACCGGUACCAAGGUCAAGGCCAGUCGGAACCCCCAUCUCCGGGAGCUGGCAAAGCCAUCAACGGAGUGGACCCAAUCCAUAGCCUCAUUGGUGGAUCUCAUCCGUCUGCCAAGAACAUCGUGGAAAACUUGGCUGGUCAGACAACUCCGAUCAAGGACCCUGAAAAACUCCUGCAGGACAUGGACAUCAACAGGCUGAGGGCUGUGGUGUACAGAGAUGUGGAAGAAACGAAACAAGCUCAGUUCCUGGCCCUGGCCAUUGUCUACUUCUCUUCGGUGCUCAUGGUGUCCAAGUACCGAGACAUCCUGGAACCACCAUCCCCUGCGGCCACGCCCACCGCCGCGGUGGUGCCGGGCAGCAAGGAGGGCUCGGGAGGCCCGUCGUGGCAGAAAAUCACCUCGUCAGCCAUGCCCCUCCUCCCUGACAGCAGUAGCUCCGCCUCCUCUGUGGCCAGCGUGGGCGUUAAGUCCUCCGGUGAGGCCACACCCAGGAAGAUGAGCGAGGGAACUGUCACGAAGCAGACCGAGACAAAGACCUUGAAAGAGAAAGAAAAGCCAGCAGCUGCCACUAAUGGCGGGGAAGACGUGGAGAAUAAGAAGUCUAAGUCGACAAAGUCGAAUGGUGAAAAUGAGGUCAUUCAAGAGGUGCCCGAGUCGGAGAGUCAGACUGGUGAAAAAGUAGAUGAGAACGUUACAGCUAAAGAAAGUGCUGUGGAGAAAGACAAAGAAGAGAAGCCGAGCAAUAAAGAGGAAAAACAGGCAUCAGAGAGGGCCGAAAUCGCUAGCGAUGAAAAUGUUGGGAAAGAGGAUCAGAAAAAAGAGGAGGAGGAAGGAGAGAAGCGAGAAGAAUCUGUUGCUGUGGAAGAAGAAAAAGAAGAGAGGGAGGCGGCUGAGGAAAAAGCUGCUGGAAAAGAGGAAGAUAACAGCGGCUCAGGAGAUGGUGAGGAUGUAGUGAAGAAGGAAGAAGAAGGAAAAGAAGAAGGAGAAGGAAGAGACCCUGGCGAUGACACCCCUCCAUCGACCACCACGACCGCCGCUACCACUGAGGAGAGCACACCACCGCAAGUCCCAGACACAGACUCGACCCACGUGAACAAGAUGGAGAUGGAUGGGGGCCCCUCCAGCGAGGACCUCACCGAUGAGAAAGACGACGAAGACAGUAAGAGACAGGAACUUGAGGGUUUUGUAUGUCCUAACUUUUGCUUUGAUUCCUUCCCUCAAGGAAAAGCUGAAGAUGGUGCCUCUACUCCGGCUGGUGGAGAAGAGGGAGAAGAUGAAGGGAAACAGAGCAGCCAGCCCAUUUCUUCCAUCUCUGUGUCUCACAAGCCAACUGAUCAACAGGGCAGUGGGGUGGACGGCCAGAAGCCAGCGGCUCUGGAGCUGAGCAUCAGCCCGGCCAUCCACAACCUGCCCACAGCCCCGGUGGACAGCGGUACCCUCACCGACCGGCUGGAGCGAGCCCUGGGCUCGGUGGCCCCCCUCCUGAGGGAGGUCUUUGUUGACUUUGCUCCGUUCCUCUCCAAGACGCUGAUUGGCUCACACGGGCAGGAGCUCCUCAUCGGAGGCCUGGUGACGCUGAAACAGAGCACGUCCGUGGUGGAGCUGGUGAUGCUGCUGUGCUCCCAGGAGUGGCAGAACUCCUUACAGAAGCACGCCGGGCUGGCCUUCAUCGAGCUGGUCAAUGAGGGAAGACUUCUGGCUCACGCCACCAGAGACCACAUCGUGCGUGUGGCCAACGAAGCCGAGUUCAUCCUCAACAGAAUGAGAGCCGAGGACGUUCAGAAACAUGCAGACUUUGAGUCUAUGUGUGCCCAAGCCAUGAUGGAGCGCCGGGAGGAGGAGAAGCUAUGCGACCACCUCAUCAAGUCGGCCAAACGCCGAGACCACUCCCUGGCCCUGCGACAAAAGGACAAAAUACUUAACAUCCUCAUGAACAAACACGGAGCUUGGGGGGCGCAGGAUGACCAACCAGCCGCAGAGUUCUGGAAGCUGGAUGUCUGGGAGGAUGACUCUCGGCGCAGGAGGAGGAUGGUGAGGAACCCUCUUGGCUCCUCCCACCCAGAGGCCACGCUCAAGGCUGCUAUAGAGCAUGGAGCAGCGGAGGAUGCCAUCAAUGCUGCCCGAGAGGCCUUCCACGCACACCUGGCCACCCUGAAGAAGACGCAGAGAGAGACGACCGAGUUCACAGACGAGGAACUGGUCAUGGAGGAGAAGGACGUGGAGCAAGAGUUCACAGGUAUCGUGGCACUGUCGACCCCGUGCAAGUUGAUCGCCCCCGGAGCGGCAGUCAACGGCACCAUGUCCAUCACCAAGAACGAGCUCUACUUUGAGAUGGACGACGAGGACUCUGACAACAAGCUGCUGGACCCCAAG